GGCGAUCCGAUCAUCUCCGUUCAGCCUCUGUGGCUUCCCGUAGCCCUCUUUUUCCCUCUUGGUUUUAUUUUUGGUUUUUUGUUAUUAUUUUCUCUCCGUAGCAAGCAGGCGAUGAUGAAGACAACAGUCAUGCACCACUCUGAUGAGGAUUUUCGUCUCAUGUGCUGACAACAAGUCUUAUACCCAUCUCCCUCUGAGCCGCUUCUGCCCGGUAUUCUCUUCUCUUUCUGUUUUGACCCCUUUUUGGCUCUCGAAUUUGUCUUCGGAUCUGCUUUUGUUGGGAAUGUUUUGUGCUCUUGAUGCUAUUGAUCGAAGCAUUCCUUCUUGCGAGUCCCUUCUCUUCUGGAUUUGAUGACAGUAUAAUCUUAUUUACCAAUUUCCUUCUUGUACGACAAUGUUUUUCCUCCUCUUUGGUAUUUGCGGAGUAGAGGAAAGAUCAGAUGAUGAGGGCUUAGGCCCAACCACGAUGCGGACCGAACUGGCUCUUCUUGCGCCCUGUGGAUCCCACGUUUUAUCUGAUGAUCUUGUUCUCUCUUUCCCUCUCUUUUUUUUAUGCGCGUGAUGUAGCAGUUUCCAGCGUUAAACGGAAGCAUCGUUGGGUACCAAUCGGAUUAGAAGCACAGCCUGCAUUUCUUGGGCUUGUACGAUAGGAUUGAUCAUCCUAUCGUUCCUGUCAGAAUGAGGACUUGAUCUUGCUGUUUCUGUGCAUGCAUCGCUACAGUCGGUGUGUACUUCGUACGCUGAGGCAAACGGGGAGGGCAGCAGUCGUGUAGAAGCGAUGUGACCCUCGUACAUAGAUCAUAACUAAGACGUGUUUAGACAGAGCUUAGUAAUUAUCCAGUAAUAUUUGCUCUACUUUUAUCUAAAAUUAAUUUCGUGAUAUAUUUUUCCGAGAAUAAUCUAUAGAAAAUUUUGACGCAAAACUCUUCAUUAUCGGAUUGGUUAAAUAUUAUAUUGAGAUUAUCCAUUAAUAUCUUUAUUCUAAUUUGAAAAUUAUUUUUGAAUUCCAUAUUGGUGGAAGAGUUAUUAUAUAAUUUGGUGAAUAAAGUUCAGUCAAUGAUAGAUCAUUUCGAUUACUUGUUUCUCAUUAAUUCAAAUUAUUCAUUAAUAUUUUUCCUAUUGAAUUCGAAAAAGUAUUUUCUUGCUGUUUCAUAUUAGGGGCACAAUUAUUAUAAAAUUUUGAUUUAAAAAGCUUUAUUGUCAAAGUUUGGCCACAGUUUUAUAUUCUAUAUGUUCUCAUUGACACUUUUUUUGCCCCAAUAAUGCUAAUGUUUCAUGUAUAUCUUGCAAUCUAUUAAUGUUUACAAGAUCAGAUCUUGCCAAAUAACUUUGUCAAGGAAUUCAAAUGACUUUGUCAAAGUAGCAUUUCUAUCGGACACAAUAAAGGACGAGUGCAAUGAUUGAACACUGGAGAUUAUUCAUCAUAACAACAAUAGAAGGAAGGAAACAGUGGAAGGGAAAUAAGCAGAUGUGAUGCUUAGUGCAUGACGUAGACGUCCCAUUCUAGAACGGCAUCGCCCAGAGUCUGGUUGAACGAGUAGGUCUUCAUGAGCACGUAGCCGCGUGCGAGCCUGAACGCGCCGCUGCCUCCCACCAUCGGGAGCUCUCUCAUCGGCGAGAAGAUGGCGUCUCUGCUCAGUAUCGCCAGCGUGCUUCCCUUGUACUCUCCCUCCGUAAAACACCAGGUUCACCGUUAGCAUUAAGGCGACGUCGGCCGGGUCCUGCGACGCCAUAGCGUAGAAGCCUUACGCCCGGCCGACUAGUGGAGAAGACGGGCUUGGUCCGGUGGUCAACAGGUCUCUACUACGUAGAUGUCGCCGAAGUUGAUGCCCGGUCCCGUGCUCGUCUGAGGCCCUUCUGCGACCCUCACAGCGGUGGCGUUGGGGUUGCUUAUCUUGUCAUGCAUGUAGAAGUGUAGGCGAGUGGUCGGCUCCCUCCCGGCGGCCAAGAUUGCUACGGACCCGAGAGAGAGGAGGAGGAUGACGGUGCCGUUGAAGGUAGCCAUGCGGGAGGUAGCGAAGCUUCUGUGUUGGAAGGUUUGAGGGAUGAUAGUCCUCAUUAUAUAAUGAGGGUUUUGGCCAUUUGAUGUUUAUAAUAUGUGGAAGACCAUGGAAUACCAGCUAUUUCAAGUGCGUGCAUUGAUUCCUUCUCUCUCUCUCUCUCUCUUAACGAACACAUUUAUUGUAGAGAGACAAAUGGCGGAGUGGACUUACAACAACUGUGUUACAUACAGUUCAUGCCAUCAAAAUUUUGUAAUGCCCAAGUAGUAUUUAUGUAACUGUUGCUUCAUUCAUAGGGAAAUCAUUCGAUUAUGAUCAUACAUACGGCUGAGGUUUAAUAUUGAUAGUGAUUCAACAUCCAUAUCCAAAUCGGAUUUGAGAAUGUGAGAAUCAUACUUGGUCAAAAUAAAGUCGGGUGUGGGAAUCAUAGGGGCCAAUUAUAGGGGUUUGGUCAACGGCACAAGAAGUCUACGAGCUGGCGCGUGCGGCUAACUGCCGGCAUCGUCAAUUCUGCUGUUCCGGCCCUUUCCCAAAGUCAAAAUCUCCACCCUGUACCUGCCUCCCACCUUCCACCCUCAACGAUGGCAGUCCCAUCUCUAUUCUUCGCUCUGUGUUUCAUCAUAACCUCUCUCUCCCCCUCCCUCUUUGGUGCUGUUAAGAACUCUCUCGUGCUCUUCAUUCUUAUCCAAUCCUUUCUCUAUCUCUGUGAAUCCAUUACCAUCUCGCGGCAGUACACUCGGCCCCAUGAGGUCUGCCUCCCUUUCUUCUUUCGCUUCUUCUGCGCCCAGAAACAUUGUCUUCUUCAGCGUCUCCAAGGAGGAGAAGAAGAACCUCUUGUACUCCUACAAUGGCGGCGGCCACGAGCUGCAGGCGUUGGCCCUCAACUGGCUGGGCCAGGCCAAACCCUACCAUUCCUGGCACUCCCACACCGCCGACAACAUGACAUUCGGGUUCCUGAUGCACGGCGGGUACACCUUUUUCGCCAUCGACAACGCCGGCAGCUCGGAGAUGCUGCUGUUCCUCGAGCGCUUCCGCGACGCCUUCGAGGCCGCGCCGAAGAACGACAGGGUGGAAGGCGAGCUCAGCUGGGUCGUCAGGAUCGGGGCGGAGAAGGCGUGCGCGGAGGAGAGAAAGCCAAAGGACGUCUACGGCGGCGGCGGCGGCGGCGGCGGCGGCGGCGAGUCGAAGGUGGAUGUGCUGCAGGAAGACGCAGGUGGCGUGGUGUCGUCGGGGAGGAGCUCGAGCUCGGUGCUCAAGGCGCAGCAAUGCGCGCGCAGGCUGUGGUGGCGCCAUGCGAAGACCGUUGCCGCGGUCGACGUGCUGCUGUGUCUGGCGAUGUUUGCGGUGUGGUUGGUGGUGUGCGAAGGCCUUCAAUGUGUUGGUCGACGAUGAAGACGAAGUGCAUGCCGGAGCUGUUCAUCCGAUUGGAUUCCAAGUAGCGUUAGCGGGCUGAUCUUAUGGAUGGUCGGUUGGUGGAGACAAGAUUGGACCCUGUUAGUCUUCUAAAUGUAUCUAUCUAUUGGUUUGUCCUCCCUAAUACGCCUCAUGGCAGAGAUGUACGGUCGGUUGGUUAUCCAGGGAAUAGACCUUUCGUCACCCAACACUGUUAGUAUUC